CAAACGUUUUGGAGAAGUGCACGGAAGGUGAUCUUGCUGUUUGUGUAAAAAGUUGCGAAAAAUGGAAGACUCUCGCUACGGGUUGAAUCAUACUGAGCUAAUAAUUACUCACCAAGAGGAAUUGAAACAGGAGCUGUUGAAGUACUAUCGAACAUCGCUUAUUAUUGCCUUGUUGAAGCAAUGCGAUGCUCCCAUAUCUGUGGAAAACCGUGCGCUGCUGUCAAUGUACAAACACGACGGUGAUCUGCCUUUGGGUCUGGAUCACAUACGUAACGUUGACAUUAACUACCAUGAUCGGAUAACCAUUGGCAAGUACAUCGAAGCCAAGAUCACCGAGCAAGUGCGACCAUUCGUUGAGAAAGCAAAGCGGUUCUGCGGUGGUGAUCUAACGGAACUAUCUACUUCCCAAUUUCAAGAACAGUACAAAAAUCUUCAGCUUAAUCAAGAACGCCAAGAAUUAACGGAUAAGUUGGCCCAAUUAAAAACGCGUAAAUUGCUGCUCAUGAAGGCUUGUGCCGAAAUUCGCACCGGACCGUUCCAGCGUAAUAAUGUCGAGCUGAAGCACGCCGAGGCACGCUCUAUACAUAACAAAACCGAAUUAUUGCAAAAGUUAGUUGCAACGGAGAUCGUUAAUUGUACGCCACAUGCUGUUAAAGCUAUUAAGGAGGUGGGUGCCAACAUCAACACUUUGCUAGGUAAUGGUAAAUGAGAGCAGUUUAUUAUAAUAAAA